AUGGAGGGACAGACUAAUACCAUAUUCGUCCGUAACUUAGCGGUACAGGCAAAUGAGCAGAACCUUCGAGACCUCUUCUCGAGGCUGGAUAGGGUCCUCAACGUACAGAUCAUGACCUUCCCAGGGACCAGUCUAAGAUACGCCCGUGUCGACUUCGGUACUUCCAAUGGUGUUACAGCGGCUCAUUCCCUCAAUGGGCAGCCCUUCCAUGGGGUCCCUUUAACAGUGUCAGUGACCGACCCUGUAGAUGCCAAUGCCUCUGCUACUGCUGUGGCUCCCUUGCCCAACCUCGGUGUUCCAGCGGCCCAACAGCUUGCUGCCUCUGUCACCAGUAUUCGCCCACAACCAGGCGUUGGAGUAACGACUAUAGGAGGUGGUGUGAGGGACUCGGGGGAGGAGAUGAUAUUGAAGAGGACGGUAUACGUAUCGGGACUGGCGAAUCAAGUUACAUUAGAAGAAGUACGAGGCAUGUUCGGACAUUUUGGGGAGAUUAAGGAAUCUUCUAUCGACGUGUCACCCUAUGACCAAUGCCAGUUUGCAUUGGUGGAGUUCCAGAAUGAGGCGGCAGCUCAGGAGGCGAUACGAGUGGGGGAGAUACCGUAUCGUGGGAGAGUAGUGCGGGUAGAGAAGUCUAAGGAGACGGUCAAGCUGUAUCCUCCUACUGAUGUUGUUUUCGGCAAGCCCAUGACCAUAGGUCGACAUGUAACUCCGUUGCUCCCUGGCAACCCUGGAUCGCAGAUAUCAGGGGCGAUGCGGACGAGGCGUGAUGAGUUAAUCGAUUUAGUGGGGGAAGCUGCUAUGCAGAUCGAGGAUUGGCUUGAAUCUCGAGGGUGA